CAAAGGGACAGGUAAGGGCAAAGGUUUCAUUUAGGAAACGGUACGUCGUUGGUGUCUGAAGUUCAGAAGUUAAGAGAAAAUAGGGUUUAAGGAUUUGAUUGGAGAGAGAGAGGGAGAGGAUGAAGUCUGUGGUGGGGAUGGUGGUGUCGAACAAGAUGCAGAAGUCAGUGGUGGUGGCGGUGGACAGGCUGUUCCACCACAAACUCUACAAUCGAUACGUCAAGCGGACCUCCAAGUUCAUGGCUCACGACGAAAACAACCUCUGCAAUAUCGGCGAUCGAGUUAGAUUGGAUCCUUCGAGGCCGUUAAGCAAACGGAAAAAUUGGGUUGUUGCUGAAAUUCUCAAGAAAGCAAGGAUAUAUGUGCCACCAUCAGCAGCAGAUAAUGCUGCUUCGAAAACUAAAGGGGCGGAAGCACCAACUUCUUCGACCUCCUAAGGAAAGGUGAUAGUUUGCUCUAGACAUUGUGACAGUUUACUCAAGGCAUCUGAAAGACUGAGAAGUCUUGGAUUGGGAUAAGAAACUCCAACAAUUGCUUAGAAUGAAGGCUGAUAGCUGAAAUUAAAGUUUUCUGUCUGUGUUUGAAUUUUGAAUUCUGGAUGCGUUAUAGACAGAUGAACCCUUAUGGUUACUGAAACAUAACAAGAGGAGGCAUUUAUGUCCUGUUUUGUAUUUUGUUUCAUCUUGAUUUUUUUGGUAAAUCAUAUCUUCUUUCAUUAACAGAAAUUCCAUAUUGGUGAGCUUGAUAUUCUGUCUAAUGAAUGAUAAUCUUUACUCGUAGAAA